AUGUUAAAGAAAAGAUUUCUCUUCAUUUUUGAUUUCGACAAUACCAUUGUUGAUGACAAUACAGACACCUACAUUUGGAAAUUGCUCCCAGAAGGUCAUAAAAGCUUGCCUCCAUAAUUUGAGAAAGAAAAACAUUGGAAUAAAGUGAUGAGAAAAGUCUUACAAUUUUAUUAUCACAACGACAUUAGCGUUUAAUAAGUUAAAACUUGUUUGCAAGAAAUGGAGUUAACCUAAGGAUUUAGAGAAUUGAUGAAUUUCAUUAGAAAAAAUAAAGACUAAAUUGAAUGCAUAAUUGCAAGUGAUUCUAAUACAUUUUUCAUUGAUUCUAUUUUAGAAAAACAAGAUCUUAAGGAUGUUUUUGAUAAAAUUUUUACUAAUCCAGUGUAAAUUAUUGAUGAUAUGGAAAUAUCAAUCUUCCCAUAUCACAAGAAUGAAUGCGAGUCAACCUGCCCUAGAAACAUGUGCAAAAAAACUAUCCUUUUAGAUAAUUAUUAAUUUAAUAACUAUGAAAAAGUGUGUUAUUUUGGAGACGGCAAGAAUGAUUACUGUCCAGGAACAAUAUUGAGAAAGGAGGAUAUCAUUUUUGUUAGGAAAGGAUAUGGCUUAGAAAAAUUGAUCAAGCAAAAGGACUUAGAAUGCGAGAAAGUGUAUUUUGAAUCCGGAAUAGAUUGCAUCAACAGAUUAGAGAAUCUAUAAUUGUGAUUUCAUCAAAUAAAUAUUUAAGUUUGCAUUAUAAUUAUAAAGAUUAUCUU